AUGCUCAACUUAGUCUUAACGUUGUUUGAAGCUGUCAGGUUGCAGUCGGUAUUCGUGUUUUUGUUUGUGUUCCUGCUUGGGUUGUACUGGACUCGCCUGCCUAAGAAUCUGCCACCAGGACCGACUGGUUGGCCAGUUAUCGGCAGCGCACUGGCCCUUCGCCGUGGACUAUCUCAUCAUGUUUUCACUCAUUGGUCCAAACAGUACGGGGAAGUGUUCAGUGUUCGACUUGGCGGCAAACUCGUAGUAGUUUUAAAUGGUUUACGCUGCAUCAAGGAAGCUUUGCACAAGCAGGCUGAAGUCUUCUCUGACAGACACAAUUCGACCGUUAACAAACUGAAUGGAAUUAAAGGUUCUAUUUCCGAAGAAAGUGGUGACAUUUGGAAGGUCCGUCGUCGGUUUGGUAUUCAGGCUCUUAAAAGUUUUGGUAUGGGCAAGAAAAUCAUCGAGCAUUCCAUCAACGAAGAAUCACGGUACCUCCUCGACGGCUUCGCAGACCAAGAGGGACAACCAUUUGACCCCACGCACCAAGUCGAAAUUACCGUCUCGAAUGUCAUUUGUAAAAUGUGCAUUGGGAGAAGAUUCAACUUUUUGGAUCCAGACAUCACGGAGAUACUUGAUUACUCUCAUUUGAAAGCAAAUAGCAGACGUCUAACGGAACUUUUCUCUCGUAUAGUACGGGAACAUCGCGAUUCUCACGAUAAAAAUGACAUCCGGGACGUUAUUGACCUGCUGUUCGCAGAGGUCGAGAAACGUAAAACCAGCGGCAGAGUCGACGGUCGAUUCGAGAAAGACUCCUUUGAUGACGAAGCCAUAAGAGGAAAUGUUUUUGGCUUGUUUAUUGAUGGAACAGAAACAACAUCAACAACAUUACUGUGGUUGGUGAUGUUUAUGGCGCUCCAUCCGAAUAUACAGAGAGAGGUUCAGUCUGAGAUUGAUGACGUCAUAGGAGGGAGUCGCCAGCCAUCAAUGGCCGACAGUCCGUACAUGCCGUACACGAACGCCGUCAUCUUGGAAACUUUGCGCAUUCGACCGGUUGGUCCCUUAACAAUUCCUCACCAAACCAAAGAAGAAACAACGCUGAACGUCUACACUGUGCCAAGAAACACAUGUGUGUUGAUUAACACCUGGGCAGUACAUCAUGAUCCUGCUACGUGGACAGAGCCAGAGAAAUACAACCCAACCCGUUUCCUCUCUGCUGAUGGCAAGAGUGUCGUUCAGCAUGAAUCGUACAUUCCAUUUGGAACAGGUCGACGUCACUGCGUGGGGGAAAGGCUCGCCAGAACAGAACUCUUCCUUAUUUUUGUCAACCUGCUCCAGCAGUUCAGCCUCGAGUUCCCGGCAGAGAAACUUCUGCCCUCAAAGGAAGGACUGUCUGGCAUCAUAUUAAAGCCCGGUCCAUUUGAAAUAUGCGUCACCAGACGCACCUAA